GCAGCAGACCGUGCUGUGUCAUCGAGAGGGUCGCGUUGAAAUAGAGGAGCUAUUCGUUGGGUUUUAAGCAUGGAUAUGCAACAUUGUGCCUCGAAUGACGCUGUCUGUUACCGUGAUGCUUACCGUGGCUCCCUUGAUGCCACCUCGCUCGUCUCCGGCUCCGAUUACGAUGCCUUCGACAGAAUAGGGACAGGGAAUUGGUACACAAACGCCCCUGGUAUUUACCCUAGCGAUCACGGACCGGUGGCACCUCGCCCAUACCCGUGCCUAUCGUUUCCCGGUCCUCUGGCGUCUUCACCCACCACUUGCUCUCCUCCGUUCGUGCCUUCUUCGCCAACAGUUUCAACUCCAACAUCUUUCCAGCAUCGUUCACCGGUUCAUUCGACUUCGUCGUCGAUGUUUGAUGCAUAUACGGACAAUUCGACGUCGUGUGAACGACAGAGUGUUCAUGAGGAUCUUUCUCCCUCAUCUGAGACAGGCAGUACAAGGGUUUAUACGAGCUCAUCGAAUGAAUCUACGCCAGAAAAAUUAGAUGGCCUGACAAAAGACCCGAAUAGCGAUGGUUGUCGAGCUAAAAGAAAACCUUAUUCGAAACUCCAGCUCCUCCAUCUAGAAGACGAGUUCAAGCGAAGUAUGUACCCAUGCCGUGAGCGCCGUGCCUGGCUCUCUCAAGUUCUUGAACUGACCGAACGACAGGUAAAGAUCUGGUUUCAAAAUCGACGCACAAAACUUCGACGCACAGUCGAGCGGGAGCAACGAGAAAAUGAACAAAUGCAACGGGAUAUGGCGGACUUGGCCAUGAGGUUUUACGUGCCACAGUAAAACAAAAAGAAAGAAAUUGAACUAUUUAUGAAUAUUUCACUUAUUCGUCGAUUUACUUUCAUUCAUUGGAGAGGAAAGAGAUGGUAAUCAUAAAAGAGAGAAAUGGGAAAAGUGCAAGGAUCUGAAGGCAUCGCGAUUGAUUUCCAAGUCACGCAGCUGGCGUGCGUAGUGCAGCGUGAAUCGACUUGAUUCGCGUGCCUUUUUUUAUUUUGGAUGUGCGUUGGUGUAGGAGAAGCCAACCUGUCUCAUCUCGUCACUGAUCUUGACAUGACCUCAACCUUUGACCUUAACGAUCACCCAUCCCAUAAGUUAGCCUCCAAGCUAUUGGCUGACUGUUUGCCUGCCUGCUGCCCCGUCGAACGCUAUAUAGAUACCGUGCGUCGCGUGGCUGUGGCGUGCCUUCGGGGUUGAAACCCAGUCAGCAACUCGACGCAGCCAACCAAAUACACUGCUUGUCUGUGACGUGGGAGAAUCAUUUAGAUUCAUCGCUGAAAGGUGAAGUUUGUGCGGGGGCACUGAUCAAAUACGAGACAAGCAUACCACAGUCGUUCUUUUUUUUCUACAUCACCCUUCUCUUGGGCUAUUUCAUUCACAUUCAUUACUUCCAACUUUCUUUCACUGACUCUCUUUCCCGAUCUCUCAGCCCGUCUACCGCUGUGUCAUAUCCUUGAUAAACUAGCGUUAUAUCCCCAGAGGAGACAAAGCCACGUGCCUGCCUCACGCCUCACACGCUUGCUCUCCAGCCAGCCACCGUACUCAGUUCAAACGCAAUAAACAGAUCCCCCAAAACCAGAUGGAAAUGCUAUCGCAUUAAAGCUUUUUAAGAAUUUUCUACGACUCCGGGAAAAAUGGUUAAUAUGGAGUAUGGACCCCCCCUAAAAUGUGAUGAGUUAAUCGACCUGUUUGAAUGAAAUAGCCCCCCUCCCUCAUGUAGCUCCCGCAUUGGCAAACCAACUUGGAGGCAUUUUAUCAAUAUGGGUAUAUACCGAUUCUCUUGUAUCAUGUCGAUCUCAAACUCCUACAUUGUUGAUAUGUAUGUGACCAGCGUUUCAAAAUGAUAUUUUAUAUCCAUCAUAAUUAUUUCUUAUGAUAUUUUUUUCGGAAAACAUCGCACCAAAAUUUUACUUGAUAAAAUAGUGAAAAAGAAGGAGAUAAAACUAUGUGAAAAUUAUCUGUGCCGAACAAUAGAUAGCAAAGGAUCAAAGAAGGCCUAUAAAGCAUGACAAAUCGGUAAAGUUGCCUUAUUAAAUAUAUUUGUACAGCAGAGUGUAUAUUUUUCUAAGUUCUAAGAUUUAUAACUUAUGAAUAAGUGGUAUUAAAUUCUUCCAUUAAAUCUUUCCGGUUUAACUUGAAGACAGUACACUGAAAGUGAAAAUGAGCAUUUUUUUUACAUUCUUUUAAUCUGACUGAUGAUUUUUAGGUUUAGAAUCAAACUCUGCUGCUAUGUGUAUGAUUGGAUGUACAUAGUCUGUUAUUACGUGAACGGUCGAAUGUACAUAUGAAAUAUUUUACUUGGAUCUCAAUUGUCAAACAAAAUUUACACAAUUCAAUUCCAUUUUCAUGUUUAAAAUCAUCAUCAUAGUCUUCUACAUUAUGGGUUUCCUGUAAACUGUUUAAUAGUUAUAUCUGUACGCUGCAUACUUAUUUUGGAUGACACACUACUUAAGUAAUGAAACAUAUUGACGAAACUUUCAGAUCAAUAUCUCUUUCUUAAACGUAGCAUUUUUUCUACGAUACUUAAUACAUGAAUUGUUAGCAGUACCAAUGAUUUGAAACAUAUACCUAUUUAUGUAUUAAUGAAUCGUGUUUACUGGUUGUUUUCAUUCUCUACUAAGACAUAAUAUUACAACAGUUAGGAAAUGUAAAUAAAUAACAACAAGGAAUUCCAAUUUUCUUUUAAUUGAUGUUUCACAAAAUAAGUUAAUUGUGACGAAAGUCAGUCAGGCAUUGCUUAAAGAUUUUCGCCUUUACUUCUGAAAAACGGAAAGCAUUAAUUUACGUAUUGUUCACCUUCUUCGCAUUUUUUUUGUCAUUGGGCACGGACAUAAACUACUGAAAUUUAUUCACAUACUAAAAACAGCGUUCAGGUCCUGACCGUGAACAUAUUGCAUUUUUAAAAGGAAUGGU